AUGGAUGCUAGAAGUCAUAAACUCACUGGUAUUACCAGUCAAGACCAACACUUAGAUGUUGGUGAUAUUGGCACAGGUGUCGAUUUAACUGCUAUUACCUCAAACCCAGUAUCAAUUAAUCAAGUUGGUUCGGAAUUAAAUUCUGAACAAAAAUUCUACGUUUUAAAAAGACUUGGACAUGCUGAUUUAUUGACUUUAGAUGAUUUACCAAUCGGUUUAGCUUUUAUGAUUCAAAAAAUUCAAGAUAUUUCUCAUGACCAAGCUAUCGAUAUUUUAAAACAAGCCCUUGUUGAUCAUGAUGGUGAUGUUAAUUUCCCAUCUGAUGUUUACGAUUUGAUCGAAAGAUUGGUUGCUGCUGCUCCAGAACAUUCAAAUGUAACUCAAGUUUCAGAAAAAUUAGAAUCUACCAUGGAAAAGAAAGAAGAUCUGGAUAAUUUCGGUGAAACUAUUGCUGCUGAUACUUCUUCUUUAGAAGCUGAUGAUGGUGAUUAUUUCAGUGUCAUGAAUUGGUCUUUACAAACCAAAAUUGAAGCUUGUUUGAUUGAAUAUCAUUCACCUUACCCAGAAGUUAGAGCUGUUACUGAUUGUUAUGAUGAUCCAAACUUAUACGUUGAAACCCCAAGAGUUUAUAUCUUAGGUUUAAUUUGGACUGCUAUUGGUGCUUUCAUCAAUCAAUUCUUCGCCGAAAGACAACCUUCUAUUUCUUUACCUUCAUCCGUUGUUCAAUUAUUAUUAUAUCCUUCUGGUAUGUUAAUGGCUGCCAUUAUGCCAAAAUGGAAAUUCAAAGUUUGGAAAUAUACUGUAGACUUGAACCCUGGUCCAUGGAAUCAUAAGGAACAAAUGUUAACCACUAUCUUCUAUUCAGUUUCGGCUGGUACUCCUUAUGUUUCUUAUAAUAUUCAUGCUCAAAAGAUGAAAUUAUUCUAUGAUAACGAAUGGGCUGAUUUUGGUUACCAAACUUUAUUAAUCUUAUCAAAUAAUUUCUUAGGUUUUGGUUUUGCUGGUAUCAUGAGAAAAUUCACCAUUUACCCAGUUAGAGCUCUUUGGCCAUCAACUUUACCAACCUUAGCUUUAAAUGCUGCUUUAAUGAAACCAGAAAAGAAAGAAAAUAUCAACGGUUGGAAAGUUUCCAGAUAUACCUUCUUCUUUGGUGUAUUCUGCUUUUCAUUCCUUUACUUUUGGAUUCCAGAUUAUCUUUUCUACGCCGUUUCUACUUUCAAUUGGAUGACUUGGAUUAAACCAGAUAACUAUAACUUAGCUACUAUCACUGGUACUAACUAUGGUUUAGGUCUUAACCCAAUUACUUCUUUUGAUUGGAAUAUCAUUAAUUUCAAUGGUGCCUUAACUGUUCCAUUCUACUCCCAACUUAACCAAUAUAUUGGUUCUGCUAUCGGUUUCUUCUGUAUCAUUGGUGUUUAUUGGACUAACAAAUAUUGGUCAGGAUACUUACCAAUCAAUUCCCAAUCCUUAUGGACUAAUCAAGGUGAACUUUAUGAUGUUAAAUCUAUUGUUAACUCAGAUUCAUUAUUUGACAGAGAAAAAUUCAUGGAAGUCGGUCCUCCAUAUUAUUCAGCUGCUAACUUGGUUCUUUACGGUGCUUUCUUUGCCAUUUAUCCUUUUGCCAUUAUCUACGAAUGUUUCAUGAACUGGAAACCAAUGUGGGAAGCUUUAAAACAUUUAGGUAAAUCCCUCAAAAACUUUAGAAAGUCUACUUUUGAUGGUUUCAAUGAUCCUCAUACUAGAAUGAUGAGAAAAUAUAAAGAAGUUCCAGAUUGGUGUUUCUUAGUUGUUUUAGUUAUUGCUUUGGUCUUAGGUAUCAUUUGUGUUAAAGUUUAUCCAGCUCAAACUCCAGUUUGGGGUCUUUUCUUCGCUGUUGGUAUCAAUUUCUGUUUCUUGAUUCCAUUGACUGCUGUUUACUCCACCACAGGUUUCCAAUUCGGUCUUAACGUUUUAGUUGAAUUAAUCGUUGGUUAUGCCAUGCCAGGUAAUGGUUUAGCUUUAAAUUUCUUGAAAGCUUUGGGUUAUAAUAUUAAUGGUCAAGCUCAAAACUAUAUUUCUGAUCAAAAAAUGGGUCAUUAUGCUAAAUUACCACCAAGAGCUAUGUUCAGAUGUCAAAUGUUAUCUGUAUUUGUUGCUUCAUUCAUCUCAUUAGGUGUUAUUAACUUCUUAAUCAAUAACAUUGAUGGAUAUUGUACUCCAGCUCAAGCUGCUACCCAAAAAUUCACUUGUCCAGGUUCAAAGACUUUCUACAAUGCUUCUAUCUUAUGGGGGGUUAUUGGUCCAAAGAAAGUUUUCAAAGGUAUCUAUCCAUUAUUACAAUACUGUUUCUUAAUCGGAGCUUUAUUACCAAUUCCAUGUAUCUUAUUCAAAAAAUACGGUCCAAAGAGAAUGACCAAGUACUUCCAACCAACUUUAAUUAUUGGUGGUUUCUUGAUUUAUGCUCCUUAUAACUUGUCUUACUACACCAUGGGUCUUUACUUCUCAGCUUUCUUCAUGCAAUACCUUAGAAAGAACUACUUAACUUGGUGGUCCAAAUAUAAUUAUGUUUUAUCAGGUGCCAUGGAUGCUGGUGUUGCUUUCAGUUCAGUCAUCAUUUUCUUCGCUGUUUUCUACCAUGAUAAAUCCAUCUCCUGGUGGGGUAACAAUGUCAGUUAUCUUGGUGUCGAAGGUGGUUAUGGUCAACAAGCCAGAUUGAACGUAAGUACCUUAGAAAAAGGUUACUUCGGUUUAGAUCCUACUGACUAUCCAUAA